GAAGCGGCGCGAUGGCGGCCGGAGUUCGGCCCGGUGCGGCCGCGGUCCCGGUCCCGGUUUCCCGCGGCCCCGCGGGCUGAGGCCGCCCCCGCCCGGUACUCCCUCCCGGUGCUUCCCGCGGUUCUGCCGCCGCCAUGGCGCUCAUCGAGGGUGUCGGUGACGAGGUGACUGUGCUGUUCGCGCUGCUGCUGGCGGCCGCCGUGCUGGGGCUCGCCUGGGCCUCCACGCGCGCCCCCGAGCCCGCGGCACCGCCGACUGAGGCGGCCCCGAGCACGGCCCCCGCCGAGCGUAAGGCCCCGGCCCCGGCCCCGGCCGAGGGAGCAGCGGCCUCCGAUGAGGCGGCGGGGCUGCGGCACCGGGACCCUCCCGCGGCCGCCCCCGAGGGCCCCGCCGAGCCCACGCUGGUGCUGCGGCUCAAGUUCCUGAACGACACRGAACGCCUGGCGCGGGUGCGCCCCGGAGACACCGUUGGUGCGCUCAAGAGGACCUACUUCCCCGGGCAGGAGCAGCAGGUGCGGUUGAUCUACCAGGGGCAGCUGCUGCGUGACGAUGCCCAGAGCCUGGCAGGGCUGCACCUGGGCCACCUGAGCGUCCUGCAUUGCCACCUGUCCCCACCCAGUGCGGCCCCCACAGCYCCCAGCACCCCCGGCCCCCGCAGCCCUGCACCUGCUGCGCUGGGUGUGGGCAGCCUGGCGCUGCCGCUCUUCGUGCUGCUGCUGGCCCUUCUCUGGUACCUGCAGCUACAACACCGCCACGUCUUCACCGCCACCGCCACCACCUGCCUGGCCGGCCUGACCCUGCUCGUCACCUUUGUGGCCUUCGCCAUGUACCGCAGAUAGCGCCGCCUGGACCAGCACCUGGGACACGGGGGACCUAGAGCCACACCUCGGACAUUUAGAGCCUGACUAGCCCACGUGGGACAUGGGGGGCUCUGCCUACAGCCCACCCAAUACAUCCAGGGCACGUGGUGCCUGUCCAGUGCACCUAAACUGGGGGAAGGCUGGGCCCUGGACUGUGCCUUCCAGGGUCCUGGGAGUCCCAGGCAGGUCCCCACCCAUGCCCUUUCUGCACACAGGGGCUGUUGCAGGAGUGGGGACUCAGCUACCUCUGGAGGAGUCCCAGUGCCCCCUGUCCUUGCACGGAGAAUUCCCCCAGCCACGCGGCAUGGAGAAGCUCCGCGAAUGCACUCCUGCCCGGAGUACUGUCCGUGCCCGGGGAGCUUCUCCGCGUGGAAAUACCGC